AUGCCUACUCUAAACUUCAAAAUAAUAUUUAUAUUAUUGAUUCAUUUUGUAGCGACAACAUAUACACAAACAACAACGUUCACAACAGAUAACCCGACAAUAACAUACACAACAGAUACACCGACCACAACACACACAACAGAUACAACGACAACAGUUGAACAGACAACAACGAUAACUUCAAAUGAAUCUACAGCGAUUACUUCAAAUGAACCGACAACGGUUACUUCAAAUGAACCGACAACAACGAUCACUACAGCUGAAACAUCAACAACGACCACAGCAUAUGAACCGACGUCAACGAUCACAACAGAUAAACCAACAACGAUUACAACAGAUGAACCGACAACAACAAUCAAAACAGUUGAACCGACAACGAUUACUACAGAUAAACCGACAACAACGAUCACUACAACUGUAACGACAACAACGACAACAGCAUAUAAACCGACGUCAACGAUCACAACAGAUAAACCAACAACGAUCACAACAGAUGAACCGACAACAACUAUCAAAACAGUUGAGCCGACAACGAUUACUUUAGAUAAACCGACAACAACGAUCACCACAGUUGAAGCGACAACAAAGAUCACAACAGUUGAACCGACAACAACGAUCACAACAGUUGAACCGACAACAAAGAUCACAACAGUUGAACCGACAACAAAGAUCACAACAGUUGAACCCACAACAACGAUCACUGCAGCUGAACUGGCAACAACGAUAAAAAAAGAUGAACAGACAACAAAGAUCACAACAGUUGAACCGACAACAACGAUCACAACAGUUGAACCGACAACAACGAUCACUGCAGCUGAACCGACAACAACGAUCACUACAGCUGAAACGACAACAACGACCACAACAUAUGAACCGACGACAACAACCACAACAUAUGAACCGACGACAACGACUACAACAGAUAAACCGACAACGAUAACAACAGUUGAACCCACAACAACAAUCACAAAAGUUGAACCGACAAUAACGAUAACAACAGUUGAACCGACAACAAAAAUCACAACAGUUGAACCGACAACAAAGAUCACAACAGUUAAACCGACAACAAAGAUCACAAUAGUUGAACCAUCAACCAAGACCACAACAGUUGAACCGACAACAGAGAUAACAACAGUUGAACCCACAAAAACGAUCACAACAAUUGAACCGACAACAAAGAUCACAACAGUUGAACCAAAAACAAAGAUCACAACAUUUGAAGCCACAACAGAGAUAACAACAGUUGAACCGACAAAAGAGAAAACAACAGUUGAACCCACAUCAAUAAUCACAACAGUUGAACCGACAACAAAGAUCACAACAGUUGAACCCACAACAGAGAUAACAACAGUUGAACCGACAACAGAGAUUACAACAGUUGAACCAUCAACCACGACCACAACAGUUGAACCGACAACAGAGAUAACAACAGUUGAACCCACAACAACGAUCACAACAGUUGAAUCCACAUCAAUGAUCACAACAGUUGAAUCCACAACAGAGAUAACAACAGUUGAACCCACAACAACGAUCACAACAGUUGAAUCGACAACAAAGAUCACAACAGUUGAACCCACAACAAAUAUCACAACAGUUGAACCCACAACAGAGAUCACAAUAGUUGAACCAUCAACCACGACCACAAGAGUUGAACCGACAACAGAGAUAACAACAGUUGAACCAUCAACAACGAUCUUGACAGUUGAACCGACAACAAAGAUCACAACAGUUGAACCGACAAAAAAGAUCACAACAGUUGAACCAUCAACCACGACCACAACAGUUGAACCGACAACAGAGAUAACAACAGUUGAACCCACAACAAUGAUCACAACAGUUGAAUCCACAUCAAUGAUCACAACAGUUGAACCGACAACAAAGAUCACAACAGUUGAACCCACAACAGAGAUAACAACAGUUGAACCGACAACAGAGAUAACAACAGUUGAACCAAAAACAACGAUCACAACAGUUGAACCGACAACAAAGAUCACAACAGUUGAACCGACAACAAAGACCACAAAACUUGAACCCACAACAGAUAUAACAACAGUUGAACCCACAACAGAGAUAACAAAAGUUGAACCCACAACAACGAUCACAACAGUUGAACCGACAACAAAGAUCACAACAGUUGAACCGACAACAAAAAUCACAAUAGUUGAACCAUCAACCACGACCACAACAGUUGAACCGACAACAGAGAUAACAACAGUUGAACCCACAACAACGAUCACAACAGUUGAAACAACAACAACGAUCACAACAGAUAAACCGACAUCAACGAUCACAACAGUUGAGCCGACAACAAAGAUCACAACAGUUGAACCAAUAACAACGAUCACAACAGUUGAGCCGACAACAAAGAUCACAACAGUUGAACCGACAACAAAGACCACAAAACUUGAACCUACAACAGAUUUAACAACAGUUGAACCCACAACAGAGAUAACAAAAGUUGAACCCACAACAACGAUCACAACAGUUGAACCGACAACAAAGAUCACAACAGUUGAACCGACAACAAAAAUCACAAUAGUUGAACCAUCAACCACGACCACAACAGUUGAAUCGACAACAGAGAUAACAACAGUUGAACCCACAACAACGAUCACAACAGUUGAACCGACAACAAAGAUCACAAUAGUUGAACCGACAACAAAGAUCACAACAGUUGUACCGACAACAAAGAUCACAACAGUUGAACCAUCAACCACGACCACAACAGUUGAACCGACAACAGAGAUAACAACAGUUGAACCCACAACAACGAUCACAACAGUUGAAUCCACAUCAAUGAUCACAACAGUUGAACCGACAACAAAGAUAACAACAGUUGAACCGACAACAGAGAUAACAACAGUUGAACCCACAACAGAGAUAACAACAGUUGAACCCACAACAGAGAUAACAACAGUUGAACCCACAACAACGAUCACAACAGUUGAACCGACAACAAAGAUCACAACAGUUGAACCGACAAAAAAGAUCACAAUAGUUGAACCAUCAACCACGACCACAACAGUUGAACCGACAACAGAGAUAACAACAGUUGAACCCACAACAAUGAUCACAACAGUUGAACCGACAACAAAGAUCACAACAGUUGAACCAAAAACAAAGAUCACAACAGUUGAACCAAAAACAAAGAUCAUAACAGUUGAACCCACAACAGAGAUAACAACAGUUGAACCGACAACAGAGAAAACAACAGUCGAACCCACAUCAAUAAUCACAACAGUUGAACCGACAACAAAGAUCACAACAGUUGAACCAUCAACCACGACCACAACAGUGGAACCGACAACAGAGAUAACAACAGUUGAACCCACAACAACGAUCACAACAGUUGAACCGACAACAAAGAUCUUAACAGUUGAACCGACAACAAAGAUCACAACAGUUGAACCAUCAACCACGACAACAACAGUUGAACCGACAACAGAGAUAACAACAGUUGAACCCACAACAACGAUCACAACAAUUGAAUCCACAUCAACGAUCACAACAGUUGAACCGACAACAAUGAUCACAACAGUUGAACCGACAACAGAGAUAACAACAGUUGAACCCACAACAACGAUCACAACAAUUGAACCGACAACAAAGAUCACAACAGUUGAACCGACAACAAAGAUCACAACAGUUGAAACAACAACAACGAUCACAACAGAUAAACCGACAUCAACGAUCACAACAGUUGAGCCGACAACAAAGAUCACAACAGUUGAACCAACAACAACGAUCACAACAGUUGAGCCGACAACAAAGAUCACAACAGUUGAACCGACAACAACGAUCACAACAGUUGAAAUGACAACAAAGAUCACAAAUGAUAAUAAAAAAUCUUCUCUAGACGCAACUACUCUUUUGAUAGUGAUUGUAGUUAUAUUAGUGGUCACAGUUAUUAUCAUUGCUGCCAUACUAACUUUCGUAUGCUGCAAAUACAUUUGGCAAAGAGGAAAAGCGAAGCAGUUGAAAAAAGUUCCAACAAAAUCAGAAAAGGAACCUUUUGAUAAACGACAAGGACCCAUAAACCAGGAAGCGGAUGGUAAUUUGUCGAUACAAGAUGACUUUAAGAACAUAUCCCGUAAUAAUGCUGAACCUUUAUUUCAAAUAAGGUCACUCGCUUCAUUACCACAUAUCAGUGACCGUUUCACUGAACAAUCGAAAAAACAUGAAGACAAAGACGAGGAGGAGGCUAUAAAACACAAAAAGAAAAAGCGAAAGAGAUUUCUUAAAGAUAACCAAGUACAUGCAUCUAAUGAUGAAUGGAAAGGAAAUACAGUUUUGAAUUCAGAGGCUAAUGAAACAUUUGAAAAUGGCAACGUACUACAAAAUCACAGCUCUAAAAAAAAGAAAAAGAAAAGGAAAAAGUCAAAAUUACAGGAAAAUAAUAAGGGGUUUGAUGACCCGACAACUACAAAUGAACCAACAACAACAAUCACACCAAUUGAACUAACAGCAACACAACCAACAACGAAGAUAAUAAAUCAACUGACAACAAUCAAAACAGAAAAAUCGACAACAACGAUCAAAUCAGAUGAAAAACCAGUGGCUAAUGCAACAUUUGAAACCAUCAACGAUGAAGAAUAUGACAGCUCUAAAAAAAAGAGAAAGAAAAAGAAGAAAACAAAAUUACAGGAAAAUAUCAAAUGGUUUGAUGAACAAGAGUAUGAUGACGUAACAAAAGACAGAAUGAACAAAAAAAAGACAAAGAAGAGACAAAAAGAAAAAUUGAAGGAUAAUACCAAAUUUGCUUCAGAUCAGACGAAGGAACAUUAUAAUUUGGUUAUGAUAUAGUGUGAUAUCAAUAACAAUUUCUUAAAUGCUUCUGUUUUCAAACGUCCACUUAUGAAUCAUUGUCAGUUGAACAAAUGCUAUACCUAUUCUAUAAACGUAAAUACUGUUGUAGGUGAGAAAGAGACUUAUGUGUGGGCAGAUUGUUUAUGACGUCUAAACACUUAAUCCGUUGGAUGUGUACUGAUUUAAAUUUUAGUCUGGGAAAAAAAUGGGUUAUUUGUUAGUUGUAA